GGCCCGCCCCCGAGGGCGCCGGGCGCGGCGGGAGGAUGCCGAAGCCGACGCUGCUGCUGCGCGGGGGCUGGGAGCGCGAGCGCAGCCCCGGGGACUCGGAGCUGGGCCGCCAGUUCCGGGACUGGUGCCUGCGCACCUACGGCGACUCGGCCAAAACCAAGACCGUGACACGCAGCAAAUACCAGCGGAUUGCCGAGGUCCUGCAGGGCGGCGGCGGGACCGGCGCAGGCAGCGGCCCCGCGGCCGGCGAGAAAGGCAAGUUCCAGUUCUGGGUGCGCUCCAAGGGCUUCCGCCUGGGCAGCGGCCGGGAACCCAAGAUGGGCCAAGUGGUGUAUGUGCCGGUCAAGACGGGCUCGGGGGCAGAUGGCCUGUCGGAGCCGGAGGGCAUCUCUCUGAAACGGGUUGCUGUGGUGGAAGAUUUCUUUGACAUCAUCUACUCGAUGCACGUGGAGAGCUCUGCAGAGCCAGGCAAAGCCCCCAAGCAUGCUGGGCAGAAGAAAACCUACCGAGCGAUUGCGGAGACCUACGCCUUCCUCCCGAGAGAAGCCGUGACCCGCUUCCUCAUGAGCUGCACGGAAUGUCAGAAGAGGAUGCACUUUAACUCCAACGGCCCGGAGCCCAAAGAAAACGAACCUCCAUCUCCUCUGGUCUCUGGGAUUAUUGACUACAACAUGCCCCUCACCUCCACCUACUUGAAGCAGAUGAAGCUACGAGUGAUGAACUCCCAGGAGCAGGAUGAGACUUCUGUGAGCAGUGAAGAUUUUGAUAUGAAUGACUCCACAUGGAUGUCAGCUGACCCCCACCUGGCCUCCAGCCUGAGCCCCAGCCAGGAGGAGAGGAUGCGGAGCCCACAGAACCUCCAUAGCCAAGAGGAUGAUGACUCCUCCUCUGAGAGUGGCAGCGGCAAUGGCUCCUCCACCCUGAACCCAUCCACUUCCAGCAGCACGCAGGGUGACCCUGCCUUCCCUGAGAUGAAUGGCAACGGUGCUGCAGCCCCUAUGGACUUCACUGCUACCGCCGAGGAUCAGCCCAUCAACCUGUGCGACAAGCUCCCAUCAGGCACGGCACUUGGCACACCGUCCUACCCCUCCGAUGGCUGCAGCACCGAUGGGCUGCGGAGCCGCGUCAAGUACGGGGUGAAGAGCACUCCUGAGUCUCCCCCCUACAGCUCUGGGAGCUAUGAUUCCAUCAAGACUGAGGUCAGUGGCUGCCCCGAGGACCUGACAGUGGGCCGGGCACCCACGGCAGAUGAUGACGAUGAUGACCAUGAUGACCAUGAAGACAAUGACAAAAUGAAUGACUCAGAGGGCAUGGACCCUGAGCGGCUCAAGGCCUUCAAUAUGUUUGUGCGGCUGUUUGUGGAUGAGAACCUGGACCGCAUGGUGCCCAUCUCCAAGCAGCCCAAGGAGAAGAUCCAGGCCAUCAUCGAGUCAUGCAGCCGGCAAUUCCCCGAGUUCCAGGAACGGGCACGCAAGCGCAUCCGCACAUACCUCAAGUCCUGCCGCCGCAUGAAGAAGAACGGCAUGGAAAUGACCAGACCCACGCCUCCCCACCUGACCUCAGCCAUGGCAGAAAACAUCCUAGCAGCUGCCUGUGAGAGUGAGACGAGAAAAGCAGCCAAAAGGAUGCGCCUGGAGAUCUACCAGUCUUCACAAGAUGAGCCCAUAGCCCUGGAUAAGCAGCACUCUCGGGACUCCACAGCCAUCACCCACUCCACCUACUCACUGCCAGCCUCUGCCUACUCCCAGGACCCUGUGUACGUCAAUGGUGGCAUCAACUACAGCUACCGUGGCUAUGGGUCCUUGAGCAGCAACCUGCAGCCCUCUGCUUCCCUCCAGACAGGAAAUCAUAGUAACGGGCCCACGGACCUGAGCAUGAAAGGCGGGGCCUCUACCCCCACCCCUCCCAUGCCUACCCCUUCCAGCAACAGCACCAGCAGGACCAUGCCCACCGCCCAGCUUAGCCCCACGGAGAUCAGUGCUGUGCGGCAGCUCAUUGCUGGCUACCGAGAGUCCGCGGCCUUCCUGCUGCGCUCUGCAGAUGAACUGGAAAACCUCAUUUUACAGCAGAACUGACCCUGCUGGCCCACAGAGUGUACUACGCCAGGGAAGGAGGCCAUCCCGGACCUGGCUUCCUGCCUCACCAUUUGGUACAUUGUUUUCUGAAAGAGGUGGGAUCCAAACGAGCUGUUUCUAGCCACACUCCGAGCAUCUGAGACUUUGGGCACAAGGACACUUUUGGAAUCUCACCACACGGGUGCUCUGACCUGCUUGGAAGAGGCCAACGGGGCAGCUCUAGAAGGGUUGGGGCUCCCCUGACCAAGGCACUGGGGCUGCAGCUCUAUUUAGAAUCACCUUUGUGGACCCUGAUGUUAGAACCCACCCCCGACACCCCUCAUAAUACCUUUCAAGUCUUAGGUGAGCAGAAUUGCAUAUUUAUUGAGAAAAGCAAAGUGGACCCUUUCUUCCUCUCCCCUUAGUAAUUUAUUUUUCUGAAAAUGGAUUCUUUUGUGUUUGUACAGAUUGCCAGUCUGUGUCUGUCUGAUAAGAAGGAUGUACCCCUGUACCUAACAUUCCAUAUCACUACACUGACGUGGGCUAGGGGCUGGCAGAGGCAGAGUAGGCGCCAGCUGGCUCUCCUCCGAGUGCCCGUACACCCUUGGGAAGGCCACUACACUCCACCAGGCUGUGUUGUUACAGAUCCCAGUGCUGCUACAGGGACACUGCCAGGCACUGCCAAAUAGGAAGACCUCACCCACACUGAAAAGGAAACAAAAGGCACCCACCCAUUCUACAGAGCCCCAGUCACACGGUUACCUGUAUUCUACCUCACACUCCAGCGUGCGCUUUUCCAAGCCUGUUCUGAAUGGCUGUCUCCCCAACUCCCACAUAAUGUAUCUGCUGGGAGGUAAGUCAGACCCAGUGUCCAGGAGCCAGAGCCCAGAGGGCUCAGCCCUUAGAACCAGCAGCUUGCUGUUGCCUGGUCCUUGUAGCUGCUUGGCAGGACCGAGUGCUGGGAGCUGGUGGCUGGUCAGCAGGGUACGUACUGGUCCUCACCUUGCUGCUAGGGAUCCAGGUCCAAACACUUGGUGGGUGCACAGGCCCACAGCCUCUCAGAUACCUGCUAGAAGGGCCACUUCUUCAGGGCUAGCUUCAUCACGCAUCUGUGUACCCCAGAGUGGACUCCUGUUUCCGUACCCUCACCUCACAGUUGGAGUAAAGGGAUCGGAUUGUCACUGGACAGGGAGAAGCUACUUGGGUUCUCCUAGGACUAGCCCUUCUGGAAGGGCCUGUUCUGUAAGAAGCCCAGUCCCUGGAGUGUGAAAAGAACAGAAAGAAAAAGCUGGCCUGGUUUCCUUCCUCCCUGAUAGGCACUUCUCUUGCUCCGUGCAAUAUCUAUCAAUGCUGCUAAAACCAGGGAUUCAUCCAGACCUCAGCAGGCCCGGGAGCCUCUCCCUUAACACUCUGUAGCCAUGAUAGCAGCACUCUGCUGCCUGCCCCUGCCCAGAGCCAGCAGAAGCCCUGUUGCCUUUUCUCCCUUAGAGCAAAGAGGCCUCAGGGGAGCCAGGGCUGAGUGGACACUAGGAUAGCCACAGAGAGCCACUUGAAAUCUGAGCAGGUGCCCUUUCCCAAGCCAGCAUUGUGGCAGUGACUGUGUGUGGCAGUCUGACAGGCCACUCCUCAAUGGGGGUGGCCAGGCAGUCCCUACCUGUUCAGAUGCAGGGCCGUAAGGCAGGGCUCCCCUUGCACACUUCCACCUUGAGGUUAAAUGUGGUGUCUCACGUGGCCUCCAGUGCCCACCCAGCCAUACCACCUCUGCCUUCAUGUGCCCCCUCCCCAGGCCUCAGGUCAGGGCCAGGACACCCUUAGCCCCCUUCAUACAGCACAAGUUCCAGUGCCCAAGGCCUUCCCAUAGCUGCUGACCAUGUGCCCAGUUCCCUACCUGCUCAGUAGGACUCCUGGACGUUUGAAUUUAUGUAAAUAUUUAUUUUUGUGUGAAUCCUACAAAGUAAUCAGUAGAUCUUUUUGCAAAAUGUUACCCCGGGCAAUUUGUGAAACUUUUAAUGUUAAAAACUGGCAGAGACAAUCGCCGCCCUAGAAUUUUUGGUAUCAAUUGCUGACCAUGUCAUUUCUGCUCCCAGAGGCAGUAUACAAGCUAGACACAAAUGGUUUGCAUUUUUUGGAAGACAGGAGAGAGAGCCUAGGAAGGGGUGCCUCCCUCCACCACUAUGGGACACGUUCAUAAGAAUGAGCAUAGGCUUCAUCUGAAGUGGCAUUUUCCUAAGUGCAAGCUGUCAUGAUCAGACACUGCUGGCAGCCUGCUCUUGAGCUGCAGUGUGGGCAUUGGUUCCAUGUGUUUUCAAGAAAAAAGAACAAACGCCAAGGCUGAUGGUCCCAGUGGGGCUGCAGGACAGUUGGAUGCUGUCAUGCUGACCCCACCCCUUAGGUGAGCUCCCUCCCAGACAAACUAUACCUGAAGCCCCAGAGCCGGCCACAUCAGGAGCAAGUUAGUGUGGAAACAGGAUUCCAUUAGCUAGUUCAGUCAGAGAACUUGUUCUGUUUUGCUUGUUUUAAAAGAUGCAGCUUCAAGUCCUCCCCUCCUGACUUGGAGCACCCACAGCUGGUUCUGGUGGACCCAGCAGGCCUGCCUUCUCCCAGAGGGAGCUCUGUAAAACCCUGCCCCAUAGUCAUAUGAGUUUUAUGGAGGGCUCAGGGCACAAAUUAAUCAUCGGCGAUCUCAAGGUACAAAGGAAAUGCCAGAAUAGUCCCAGAGUUGUGCAGGGUAGACCCUUUGAGAAGGCAUUGAAGUGGGCACUUGGUCUUACUGGUGGAUGACCUUAUAGUCCAGCGAUAGUGUGCGUGACCCAUCUGAAAUAAUUUUCUGUCACCGCUCAAGAAUGGUGUUGGGGAGGGGACAGGCAGGGCUAGGAGGGUCUUAGAGGACUUGGAACAGGUGGAACCCAUCUGUCCCUCCCUAUUCUCAAGGGCCACAUAAGACUCCACAGGUGGUUACAGGAUUAACUACCAGUUCAUUUUCAAAAUGCUGCUUUGAACUCAGAGGGUUGAUACUUUUAAUUUGUAAUUUUUUGUAAAACUUUUUACAAGAUAGUAAAGUAUUUCACCAGAAUACCAGUUUCAAUCCGUCCGUGGUCUGAUUUUUAUAUAAUUUAGUGGUGCUUUAGAAACUUUGUUUUGUCGUUUCUGAGCUCAACAGCUCAAUCUUUUCUCGCCUGUAUCUACCUAAGACCAAUGUGAACCUUUGUAUUUUGCUCCUAAUUUUGGACUCAGUGGAAGUGUACUGUUUACAUGUACAGAUGCCCCAUCCCUGUGUGUUCUGCAAGACUCGCUCUCAAGGAGGAAGAUGCACCUCACUAAGCUCAUCUGCUUAGCAAAGCCACAAAACAAAACCUCUCACUUUGUACCUGUUUCCACCUAAAAACAGAAAUGAAUAUCUACACCACCCAGAACUCAGAUCUGCCGACACACUCCGCCUGGUAGAAGCCCCUGUGCCUCUAUCAUGCAUCCACUGAGGAGAGGAGUCAGGAUAGCGCCUCCUGUCGGCUGGUGGGUAGCACACAGGCAGAGGAGAAGCAAGGCAGGACUUCAACACCCAGCUCUGGGAGGAACAGUUCUCUGGGGAAGCCUGGCCAUGGGAAGGUCAAGAUGACUCAUAAGCCUUCAGGAGCAAGCCAAGCAGGAUUUAGGGACAACACAGGAGGUCAUCAAUCUGCUGGCAUAAUUAAGACAUGUUUUGGAAGAGCGUGAAUUCCAUGUCAGAUGAGACUGACUUUCAGUGCAGAUGGUACAAGCGCUUCUUCAGGGUUCCUAUAGAGGUGGCUCACCACUUCUGGGGAGCAGCAGGGGCUUCAGACAGUAAGCAUAAGGCACUUACCGCAAGCAGUGGAUGGCACCAACUUUUAAACGUGACUUUAUUAAUCAAUGGUCUCACCUCUAAAUUAUAUUUUUACAGAUAUGCACCUAUGCAACUUAAUGUGGCUCUUCUAAGCAGGUGAGGACUUCCUCCUCAAUGCUCUCUAUAAAAAGUAUUUGUGUUCUGUAUAGUGAGUUUUUCCAGUAAAUGUGGCUUAAUAUUUUAAUUCUUAGGAUGUCUUUCUACGUGAUGCGACUAAAUUCUGUUUUGUUUGUGGAAUGACUAGCACAGGCUGACACCCUCUUUUCCUCACUUAACAGAAGACCAAUGAGCUGUUAAUCGAGCUGUUAUCUCCAUGGUAUUACUGCUAAAUGCACUGAUUUCAUACGUAUGUGGAAUCCUUUUCCUUUUGAAACUGUAUAUCAUAUAUAAGACUGAAUCUACUUAAUAAACUCUGAACAACAAACCCAA